AUGAGCUCGACCACCACCUGUGUCCUUGAGCUGGAGUCCCAGACCCAGCCUGAGACCGCUUCAGCAAAGAACCAAGUCUUAACGGAACGGUCUCUGCGGGAAAGCGACAAUGCCAGCGCCUGUCGGGAGUCGCAGCUGUCCACCCCCCCCGGGACGGCGGUGCCUGCGCUCGAGAGAUGGAAUUACCCACGGUCGAACAUCCUCCGUACCUUUGCUACCUUCUGGAGCUUUCUAAUCAUGGGUGCCAACGAUGCGGCGUCGGCCGAAACCCAUCCAAGCUCUUCCCAGACGCACGGUCUAACCGCAGCGCUACAGUUGGAGGAUUACUAUCACCUCUCAUACACGGUGGUGUCCUUGAUCUUCCUCUCGCCGCUGGUGGGAUAUGUCUUUGCGGCCUUGCUCAACAACAGGAUCCACAUGACACUCGGCCAGCGCGGGGUUGCCCUGCUCGGCCCGGGAUGUCAUAUUCUGGCCUAUGUCGUCAACUGCGUCCACCCGCCUUAUCCUGUGCUCGUGGUGUUCUUCAUCUUCGCCGGGUUCGGCAACGGCCUGGAAGACUCCGCCUGGAAUGCCUGGAUCGGCAACAUGGCCAAUGCCAACGAGGUCCUCGGCCUGCUGCAUGGGUUCUACGGCCUGGGAGCAGUCUUGAGUCCAUUGGUCGCGACGGCUCUCAUCACAAAAGCAAACGUGCAGUGGUACUACUUCUACUACGUCAUGAUUCCAUGUGCGGUCAUUGAGCUUUUUUUCCUGACAAUCGCCUUCUGGGGCGCUACCGGUGCGGAAUUCCGGAAAUCCGUUGCCCAUACCGUCGACACCAAGAAAGGCGGCAUCCGAGAAGCCUUGUUCCGGCGCCCCUCGGCCCGGGUCACCUGGCUGUGCGCCUUGUUCCUGCUAGGGUACGUCGGCAUCGAAGUCGCCCUUGGCGGCUGGAUCGUCACUUUUAUGAUGCGCGUGCGCAACGGCAGCGCAUUCAGCAGCGGCUUGACCGAGACGGGCUUCUGGCUGGGGAUCACCGUGGGCCGCGUGUCGCUCGGCUUUGUGACGGGGCGCAUUGGAGAACGGAUCGCCAUUGCAGCCUAUAUUCUCUUCGCCAUGGUCUUCUGCCUGAUCCUGUGGCUGGUCCCGCAGUUCUACGCCUCCGCCGUGGCCGUCUCCCUGCAGGGCUUCUUCCUGGCCCCUCUGUUCCCCGCUGCAGUCGUCGUGACCACCAAGCUCCUCCCGCGACACCUGCACGUCAGCUCCAUCGGCUUCGCCGCGGCGUUUGGCGGCGGCGGCGCGGCGGUGCUGCCCUUUGUGGUCGGGGCCAUUGCCGAAGCCAAGGGCGUCAAAGUCCUGCAGCCGUUUAUCCUCGGCGUGUCCGGGGCAAUCCUCUUCCUCUGGCUGUGUCUCCCACGGGUCUCCAAGAUCCGGCAUGACUGAUCACAUGAAUAUUUCCAUGACUUGCAUAAAAUUUCUUUUCUACUUAUAACAAAGUGUUCUGUCUGCUUAGGCGGUGAGGAAUGACGGGCAGUUUCCAGUAGCAGCCAAACCGUUCAGACGAAGAGACGGCUUAUAGAAACGAAAAGCAUAGUAAAAGCAAAGUAAACACCCAGAUAGCCAGCAUGAGUAAUUCAAUCUCUACCCCUCCAUCCCUCUUUUUCUCUCUUCUCAUCCCCCUCGAUUCCACUCUUUGCUGUGGAGACUCCCAGCC